AUGAGCGUACCGCUAGCGGUGGAAGGUAUGGAUGCCUUGGCGCUUGCCCAAGAAGGUGAGCGGUUAUGCCGCGAGAACAGCAUGAAAGCAGGGAUUAAAUACUUGGAAAUGGCAUUGAAAAAAAAAAUCAACCUAGGAGGACGCAGUUUAGAAGCAUUGUCUGCAAUUUAUUCACAACUUGGAAAUGCUUACUUUGUAUUGCGCAUUUUCGAUAAAGCACUCGAAUACCAUCGACAUGAUUUGGAAACUGCAAAAUUGCUCAAUGAUCGUUCUGGGCUUGCAAAGGCUCAUGGAAAUAUAGCAAACACCUAUAAAGCAUUGGGUAAUUUCGAUAGUGCUUACGAGCAUGCGGUUGCACAUUUACGACUAGCACAGGAGCUCAAUGAUAAAGAAUGUGAGGCUGGAGCUCUUUAUAAUGUGGCCUCUGUUUAUCACUGCCGUGCGAAGACAAUAAUCCAUGCAUCGGAACCUCUUGAUAAGUCUGGGCUUCUUACGGCUAGCGAUAUGACAGCAACUUCACAACUUCAAGCAGCUAUAAAUUGUUAUUUGCAAAAUCUUCACAUAGUCGAGAAUAUGAAAGAUUUCGUUGCAUGUGGUAGAACGUAUGGCAAUAUCGGUAACAGUUAUUAUAUGUUGGGUGAUUAUGCAACUGCUGUUUAUUACCACAAUAAACGGCUAGACAUUGCUCGACAGUAUGGUGACCGUGCAGCAAUGCGACGAGCCUAUACAAAUCUUGGAAAUGCUCAUAUUUUCCUUUCAGAGACGGCGAAGGCUUUAGAAUAUUAUCGUUUGGCGCUAUCAGUCGCAGUGGAACUGCAUGAUGAAGUAACAGAAGCACAGUGCUGUUUCAAUGUCGGUAAUGGUGCUGCUAUAUGUGGUGAUCAUGUAACAGCAAUAGAAUAUCACAUCCGAUAUUUAAAACUUGCCAGAGAUUUGGGUGAUCGUGCUGCGGAAUCGCGUGCAUGUGCGGCGCUGGCAACAGAUUUUCGAAAACAAGGAAUGGUGGGAAAGGCUGUUUAUUUUUAUGCAUUGCAAGGACAAAUAUCAAUUGAGAUGGGCGAUCAAGGGAGUGAGGAAAGUGUGCGUAAUUCGCUAGAAGAUUUGUUUAAAUCAGUAAAGAAAUGGCCAAUAAAGGAAGUUAACGAUUUAGAAAUGGAUUCAUCCGGUGAUCCCGAACCGCAUAGUGCAUUAGACUUGAAUGCAUUUUUAAAAAAACUACUCUGUGAAUCGGAGUUGACUGUGAACUCUGGCGUUACACGUGACCUACUUAAUGUUUCAACAACAGCUAUCGAUAAACAGCCGAUUCAUUUUACUACCUACAACGAUGAUUUCUUUGAAAUGGUUUCACGGUUACAGUCAAAACGACUUAACGACCAGCGCUGUGAUCCUAUUAUACUGAGCGACUUAACAAACCAUUCAAAGAAUGUUACUCGACAGUCGGAUACAAUUGCUUGUAAUCCAGAAGCCGAGGCACGUUUUGGGCGAAGAAAUCGAAUAUCGGCACUUUUUGGACGUGUUGGAAAAGCAGCAAAACGGCAAAGCUUACUAAUGUCUGCAUCAUUUUUCCCUUCCACAACUUCGACACCUCGAACUGAUGUUUCUUCUGUGAAGCAACAAUUAGUUGGCGAUAGCGGUGAUAACAAAUCAUCUGCAAUAUGCGCAUCAACAUCACGCUCUUCCUCACAAGAUGUAGUAGCACAGAAUGCCGUAGAUGGCAGUAAUGAUGCAAUUGUGCAGUCUGGCACCUUGCGGACCACCGAACCGCCGGAAUUUCGGAUUCCGGUUGCACCACCUCGAAACCGAGCUCGUUGUAACCAUGUAACUUUGCCGAAUUCCAUCUCUUCGAGACAAAAAAAUGGUGCUGAAGGAAUGCUUGAUUUAAUAGCUAGUUUGCAAGGUCGUCGAAUGGAAGAACAGCGGGCGCAUCUGAAUGUUCAAUCGGAACCAAUAUUAUUACCAGUUAGCGGAGAAGUCGAAGAGAGUAAUGAUAAUAUGGAGCAGUCAACACUUUCACCAUCACAUGUGGAACGGUCACGAUUGGAAGAUGCUGGUAGCUUAUACGAGAUGGUAAUUCGGAGUCAGAGGGAUCGAUUGGAUGAGCAGCGAAGUGAACUACCACGGACCAUACCAGCUGAAGACGUCUCGCGGAUAGUUAUGUCAAUGCAAAAAGGACGUAUCGAAACUCAACGUGCUGUGCUCACUUCAGCUUCACAAAAUUGA